AUGGCAACAUCUUCUAAUAGCUCUACAUUAUCAAAAAAACAUCAAAAGCAACUUAGUCAACUUCAAAAUUUACUUAAUACUGAAGUUCCUAUAGUUGUAGUUGAAACUGGUGAUACUCCUGUUAUAGAUACUGAUUCUGGUUCUGAUUCUGAUGACCUUUCACCUUUACCUAAUACUGAAGUUCCUACAAUCACUAAUCUUGAGUUUAUUAAUACUCGAAGUAAUCAGACUUCUUGCUAUGAUAAAAUCAAACAUCAUGAUAUGGGUAGAAUGGAUCAGACCUGUCAACAUUGUAAAGCUAGGUUUUGGAUGAUUGAAAAAGAUAAAAAUAGUGGGUAUGCCGCUCCAAGAUUUCCUCUUUGUUGUGCUAAUAGCAAAGUGCAAUUAUCACCUUUACUUGAACAUCUACUCUAUCUACUAAAUCUUUAUACUUCAACUAAUUCUGAUACAGUUGAGUUUUGCAAAUAUGCUAGAGAUUAUAACAGUGCUUUGGCUUGCAUAUCUUUUGCUCCUGAUGUAGCUGCAAUAAUGGUAGGUGAUAGUUAUGAGGUAAAUCCAACAAAUCAGAACAUUCUUCUUAGAAUGCAUGAUGGAAAUUUGCAAAAAAUAGCAGAGACACCUAGAAAAUCAUCAGCAACUAUGAUUGGUCAACUUUAUAUGGUUCAACCUUCAGAAGUAGCUUUAAAGAAGCUUGCUCUUAUCUUGGUUUUCUUUAGGAUGAUACAAUAUGGGAUACCUUUAUUAUGGAAUAAUCAUAAAAUUGCAUUGUGUAAAGAUAUUUUAUAUCAAGCUUAUGUGCAAUUACAAAAUCUUGAAGAUGCAAGUAAUAUUCCUGCUACAAUUGAACAUGAAGCUCUUACUCAAUUGAAAAAUAUACUUUUACUAAAUAGAAAAUCUUUAAAGGAUUUUUCUAAUAUGCCAAUUCUCUCUAUUACUUCAAAUAUUAGUAAUAAUGAAAAAGAAUUAAACUAUUUAAUAUUAUUUGAUGCUAUUAUAAGAGAAAUUAACAAUGAAGAAGAUGAAUGUUUUUUUAUGGAUAGACCAUAUG